AUGGCAGAUCACUUAUGUGAGGUACAAGAACCAAAACCACUGAAGAAAUAUGAGAGAGAAUUCAACCAGAGAGAUAAGGAUAAAGAUGCUGAGUUGAUAUUUAUUGGGAUGGAACAUGUAAGUGAAGAUGCUGAAAUUCUCUUUGUCAGAGUGGUUUCAAACUCAAAACCAGUUAUUUCAAACAUUUUGAACAGAGUCACCCCAGGCUCAUAUUCAAGAAGAAAAAAAAGCUACUUUAGUCAAGAUCCUGCACAUAUGUCUCAAUCUGCAAUUCAUGUGACCCCUAUGGACACAGCAAUGGCUGCCACACCAAUUUCUCAGUCUGAACGGAGAUCACUAGAUAGUCCUAUUACUGCUGAGUCUUCCUCUAAACCUGAUUAUAGAAUGAGUUUACCACAAGUUGUUCCUCCCCAUUCAUCAGAUUUGUUCCCUUCAAGGACUCAGUGUCUACAGGGAGUUGCACUUUCUGUAGGAGGCAAGGUUGAAAGUUCUUGUGAUUCAAAGAGACCUUCAGAUAUAGACAGCAGAAAUCCAAAAAGGUCUAAACUCGGGAAUGAAAUUCCAAGUGCACAUUCUUCAACCACGACCUCUUCUGAUCUCUCUCCUGUAAUGCACACAAGUACACCUUCAGAAAGUACCCGCUUCUCAUCAAGAUAUGCUCAGAAUAGAACAUCCUCUCCUCGGCCUCAGGCUAAUGAAAAGGCACCUUUUGCUUUUAGAGAUUCAGACCCAGGAAAUAACUCUGAAGGACUGAUAAAAACAGGCUUUUCCAGCCCUGCAAGUCAAAACAAGACCUUUGAUACCAAGAAAGGGAAUUUGAUCAUGUUACUUAGUGACUUUUACUAUGGGCAACAUAGAGGAGGAGAAGGGCAGCCAGAGCAGAAAACUCACACGACUUUUCAAUGCUCCAGCUGCUUGAAAGUUCUAAAAAAUGUUAAGUUUAUGAAUCACAUGAAGCAUCAUUUGGAACUUGAGAAGCAGAGGGGUGACAGCUGGGAGACCCACACUACCUGCCAGUACUGCCACCGUCAGUUUCCCACUCCCUUCCAACUACAACGUCACAUUGACAGUGUGCACACUUUCCAGGAGCCCUCUGCUGUCUGUAAAAUCUGUGAGUUGUCGUUCGAAACAGAUCAGAUUCUCUUAGAACAUAUGAAGGACAAUCAUAAGCCUGGGGAAAUGCCCUAUGUGUGCCAGAUUUGCAAUUACAGAUCAUCAGCGUUUGCUGAUGUGGAAACGCAUUUUAGAACAUACCAUGAAAACACUAAGAAUUUGCUUUGUCUGUCUUGUCUGAAAAUCUUUAAAACUGCAAAUGCAUACAUGAAUCAUUGUUGGAAGCACUGGAGCAAGAAGCAACUCUUUCCAUGUUCCAAGUGCCGGCUACAGUUUUUGACUUUGAAGGAGGAAAUAGAGCACAAAACCAAGAAUCAUCAAACAUUUAAAAAGCCAGUGCCACUGGAAGGAUUGCCUCCUGGAACAAAGGUUACUAUUCAGGCUCCAAUUCACCCAUCAAGAAGUACAAACAGUCAUUAUUGA